AUGAACUCUUCCACGGCUCAGAACCCUUCGGGUACCAAGAAGCCCCGGGCAUCAAAGCCGAAAGUAAAGUCGGGGUGUAAAACAUGCAAAGCUCGACGAGUGAAAUGUGACGAGAAAAAGCCAGCAUGCGACAGAUGCGCGAACUUUGGACGGAUAUGCGGUGGAUACCCAUCCGCGGAGGACCCACCUCCACCCAAAGAUCCGAGUCCACCUGUCAUUCGAAAGCUCUUAUCCAAACCUGUGGAAGCUACAUCUUCGUCGACGCCUUCACUCGCUCAAGAUGUUGCCUUUUCUCCACCUCCGCCAAUCGGCACUUUUGUACAACCUCUACCAGCUGGUGUGGCAAUCCAGGGUGAAAGGUGCUACCAGUACUUUUGCCACUUUCGAGAUGUGACUUCUUUCGAGUUCUCGAGUGGCUUCGAUCAAAGCCUAUGGCGGUCGUUGGUCCUGCAGGCAUGCGAUAACUUUGCAAUUGGGAAGCUGGUGGUUGCCACAGCCGCUCUAAGUAUGUUUGUGAAAGAACCUCCACAACAGACGAGCGAACUGCAUCUGGAAUAG